AAAAAUUUUAAAUGUGUGGAAGAAAAACUUUAUUGAAUAAUACUAUAAUUAUUAUAUGUUUAAUAAUUAAGUAUUAGACCUUAAUUAUUCUGAUACAAUAUAAUAUAUUGUACUUGAUUCAAUUUCUUUUGCAUGAAUAUAUAUAUAAUAUAAUGUCUUUUUGUUGUGUUAAAUAUUCUUACUUAAAAUUAAUUUUUCUAUUUCAUUUCUUUGUUCCAUAAAAAUGGCUUCCUCAACAAACUGAAUGUUCAUGGAGUGGAACUGCCUGUAAAGAAAAACCCUUUGCAGAAUUUCUCCUGGUCUUUUCCAGAUUGUAUUGAAACAAUAUCUAUCAAUGUUUUGACACAAUUUUUUAAAUAAAAAAAUAAUUAAAAUAUAAAAUAAAAGUCUUAAAAAAUCUAAAAAAUAGUCUAUUUGUAUCAGAUGAUGUGCUACAUUACUGAAUCGUAUUUCUACAGCCAGAAAUAAAAAUUUAAAAGAAAAAGAUUUUGAAGAGGUGAAUAAAGAGAAGAAUAGAGAGCUGUAAGAAAAUUGCGAAGAAAAGAAAAAUAAGCAAGAUGGCUACCCAGAGCAGUCUGCAAGAUUGCUACUUCUAUUUUUAUUCGUCUUGUGCAAAAGGUGAUGAAUGUCCUUUCAGGCAUUGUGAGCUUGCACUUGGGACAGAAACAGUUUGUUCUCUCUGGAGAGAAGGGAGAUGUUUUAGAAGUAACUGUAAAUUCCGCCACAUGGAAAGUAGGAUAAAUCGAGCAAUGAUUCCUUGUUAUUGGGAAAAUCAGCCUGGUGGUUGCAGAAAGCCUCAUUGUGUGUUUCUUCAUCGAAAGUUGAGAAAUGGUGUUCAAGUGAUCAAAGAUACUCCGGGGUUAAUUCUUCCUACAAGUGAUGGUAAAAUUUCCCCAAAAUUACCUGAUUUGAAUGAAACUUCCAUUGUGCCCAGUAAAACUUCACUUGUAGAAAAAGUGGUUGAGAACAGUGAGGUUCCAGAUUCUUCUUUGACUCCAGUUCCUCCUCUUGUUCUCAGUUUUGAUGAAGGUGAAGAAUCAGAUGCAGAAUCUGUUACUAGUACACCUGUAAAGCAAGGUGAUAAGAAAACUACCAUAACAAGAAAUAUAUCAGCAAAAGCAUCAGGUGCAGUUGAAGAAAAGGAUUUUGGUAUAAAAACCUUGGAGCAGAUCCGUAUGGAAAAAAUUCACAAGGAAUCGGAUAGCUAUUAUGGUACAGCAUAUACUUCUACGCCUCUUGAUGCAUCUGGACUUAUUGAUCAACAUUAUCCUCCAAAAACUGAGUACCUUGCUUUACCAAAGGAUUCAUCAUUAGAUAAAAACUUGCCUUCUUCGAUAUUAGAGACCAAACUCUCUGGAGUAGAUGAAGAAACUGAUCUCAGAGGCCGAUUAUCAAAUAAAAGAAACAGUCCAUUAAAUAAAGUUAACUCAGUGAAACGCCUUAUCAAUUUUAAGAAACAAAAUACUGAUCAAGAAGAGGUAUGCUCUAAUAAAUUGGACUUCAAAAUAAAAACCCUGGAAGAAAUUCGAAGAGAAAAGGAAAAUAAACAGAAUAAGCUUGAUGUUGCUUGCAGUAAUUCACUGGAUGAUUUGCCUACUUCAGAAAAGAAGAAUCCUCUAAAUAUCACAACUGAAAAGAUUUCUAAGAAAUUAAAAAUUAAUCGGAAGUCCAAGGAAUUAUAUUCUAGGAAUACUACUCUUAAACAAAGUAUUUCAGCUCCAAAUUCAGCCGAAACAACUGAAACUCACUUGGUCUCCAAUGGUAUUAAACAAAUAUCAGCUGGAUCAUCAAAUGAAAUAUCAAAUUUGAACAAAACAUCUGAUUCACCAGGUAAAAGAAAAAGUGAUGAUGAGCCAUGCUCCACAGCAUCUAAAAUCAUUAAGCUUGCUACCACUUCAAAAGAUAACUGUGAUCCAGUAAAUCGGGUUGAUGCAUGUUUUGAUAGAAUUGGAGAAAAUCUUUUGCAGUCUCUUCCUGAGCAAUCAGAAAUGCAAUCUUCACCUGCUCCUAAUGAAGCCACUGAUGAAUCAUCACAUUUCUAUACUUCCUCAUCAUCCAUUCUUAAACAGGAUACGAUAAUGAUACCUCAAAGUUUUGUUUCUGAGACUGAAAGGAAUGAUGUCCUUGCAUCUGCUCCCACAUCAUUAUCAUCUUCAACAUCACCACCUAGUCAUAGCCCAGAAGAAAAAUCAUGGCAUGCAUUAGAUGAGAUCCAUGAUAAGACUCUGAAUUCUUCAGCAUUACCUACAUCUAUAAAAAAUGAAGCGAGUUAUGACAAUGACUUAAAAAAAGACAAAGAUAACUUAAUUGACAGAUCAAUGUCUGUUGAUGAUGAUUUAGAUGAACUUCUCGGUGAUGAUGACAUGAAUAUUGAUGAGAUGGACACUGCUCCUAAUGAUGACAUCUUGUUAGAAAUUGAAGAAUUUUUGGAGAGCUAAACAGAUUUAUAUUAGUACUUGAAAGCACGUUCAUUUUAUGUAGUGUGUUGCAUAUAAAUAAUAAUUGUUGCAAGCCUAUUGUUUGAAAUUACAAAUUAUGUGAUGGAUUUAUACUCAUGGUCUAAAUGCAUCAAUUAUUUUUAAUACUUUCUUUGUAUAUUUCAUACAAAUCUUUGAAAAAGAACAAAGUGCCGAAUUUCAUAACUGGGAUGCAGACAAUCUUGCACAAAUGAAUGCUUAGUUAACCAAAUGUGGAAUUUUGUAAUACUCUUGAAAUGCUCUAUUCACAGAUGCUCUUGCCUAUCACACUACAGUGGUUUCUUUUCAUUUUUAAAACUUAUGAAGAAUGUGGUGUUUUUAUUCCAACUCUCAUCAGAUUUUCAUUAUUUUGAAAUUAAGCAUUCAUUAUUGUGAACUUUAUUCUAGGAUUAGCGGGCUUUUUAUUUUGAAGCAGAUUAUCAAUUCUUAUUUGCAGUAAUAAUUAUCUUGAGGUGCCUGAGGCAUUGUGGAAUAUUAAUCUACUGAAUUAUUUUUAAAAAUUAAAGUUAUUAAAUUUCAGAAAUUAAAAAUAAUCGUCUACUUGAUUAUUUUUAAAUUGCCUUGAUUAUUGAAAAAUAAUCAAGUCAUUGGUUGCUUCAGUAUUUUCAUUAAUUUGUAAUGGUCUUGUAGUACAAUUUGUUUCAAAUUUCUUUCACCUCUCAUACAUUAACAAGAUGAAGUUCCAUGUAUUUAACUCAUGCUAUACUGCCUUUAUUCAUUACAUUUCUUUAAUAAACUGUGUCAUCACUAUGGGGUUAAGGGACAACUAAAUUUUUAAUCAUUUGUUCUUACUGAAAUGGCACAAGUUGUUAAUGCUAUUUCUUUUUUGUGUGCAGAAAUCUUCUCAUAAGUAGCUUAAUCUUACAUCAGCUGUUUUAUUUAUAAAAGACUACUUUAUUUGACUAAAAGUUGUUUUGUUUAACGGCAAUUUGAUCAAAUCAAGUUGUUUGAAAUGAAUAUAGAUCAUUUUCCAGCAUGUGUAUUUCUUAUUUGUUAAGAACCCAGUUAUCUGAUGAAAAAAAUAAUAUUUUGAUUAAUUAAAUUGAAAAUAUCAAUAACAAAUUUACCUUCAUAGACUGACCCUUAACUCCUCUUGAUUUAUUCCCGAUGCAUAAUAGAAUCCGAUUAUUGGAAUUAGACUGGUCAUAAAAUAUUUUUCAUUGUAUGAAUUUGAAGAGUUGCUUUUGUUUAAUGACUGAUGUCAGUCACCUGUUAAAAUCAACAGGUGAUAAAUGUUCCUAUGAAUCCUGUUUUGGAUUUUUUUUUUUUAAUCCUAAGCCAGAUAUGACGGGAUUUAUGAAGAUAACCAGAAUAAUAAUCAUUAUUUAAAUAUUAAUUUUUUUGCAUAUACAUAAUUUAAUUGAAAAAUGUAACAAAUUUUCAGAUUUUACUAAAAAUAUCAACUAUAAUGAUGAAUAUUAGAAAAAGAAUGAUUUAGUAAACUUUUGAUUUUAAUUAUAAGCUUAUUCUGUUACAAUUUGGUGAGUGGGAGAAGUUCUCUCUUCAUGAAAAUGACACAGCAAUCAUUAUUUUCUAAUUAUUCAUUCCUUUCCUUUUAAUAAAUGUGCUUAAAGUAAUAAAAUUGAGUAGACAAUAAAUUUUUUAAAUAUCAUAAAAAUUAUCUGGCACCACAUGAUUUAUUAGAAAAUAUGAUGUUGAAGUUGGUGUAUAAAAAUACUUUUUUCAAAAAGAAAAUAUUUUUAUUUUAUAAAUAAUUUUCUAUUUGAAUCAGCAUGCAUUUGAUUGAAAAAUAUUAUCUAUCUUGUUUCAUGUUUUCAGAAAGACAAAUGAUUAUAAAUGUAUGAAAAUAGAUGCUCAUUUCAAAGUGAAUAUAUUAAUUUUUGCAAGAAAGAGAAUUUUUUCUAUUAAUUCAUUUAUUUGCUAUUAUAUAUUUGCACAAAUAUUUUAUACAAUGUUUCUGUUAAUUAUCCCUGUUUUAAUUUUUAAGUUAUCUGAUGAUUUUCUUUUGGAAGAUAUUUAAUUAUACUUGCAGCAUGUUAAUAUAAUCAUAUGGCGAAUUAAGCAGUCAUCUAUAUUUUUUAUAUAUUUCAUAAAGAUUUUUUUUAUUCCAAUUAAAUGGAUCUACAAACAAGUAGCAUAAAUUUUCACAGCAUUCAAACCUUUAAUUGCUUAAUUAGCCACAAAUCAACAACUUCUGCCUUUGCUUUAAAAAUAGUUCCUAUAUGUAUACAAUAAUCAGCAAGUUUGCAUUUUUUCUGCAUAAUUUAAGAACUUAAAAGUCCUGCAUUGAUGUUGUGCAUUAUUUUAUUCUAAUAACGAAGGCAUUUAGACCAUAUUUCUUUUGAUGUUUAAUUUACAUUGGAAAAUCAUGCUAUCCAAAUGAAAGAAGGUGUAACCAUUGUGAAUGACCAUGAAUUUGAUUUCAUUACUUUAUGAUGUACUUUUAUCAUAAACAUCUGUAAAUAUUUUUUGAGCAUCCAGUAAAAAAUUAUUUGUGAUUA